CCCGCCGCGUGCGAAGUAGUGGCAGCCGGUGCGGCUCGGCCGCCGCCCGCUCCCGGCGCCCCAGCGCGGCACGCGUGCCCAGGCCCGCCGGCCCCAGGACUCRUAUGUGGCAGCUGAGAAUGUGGUUUUUCCCUGAAGUGCUUUAUCUGUGGGGUGGCCUUGCCCAGUGAUUCAUUUUCAGGCGUUUGGGAAAGUUUGCUCACCGGUCUGUGAACCUUGGUGGUCUUGGGCUCAUUUACAUCUGACUGUGGUUGUCUUCUGAAUUUUGUGUCUGAAGGUACCCUCUUGCUUUCUCAGCAAGUCAUGGACACCGUUGGCUUUCUGAAGUCGCAAUUCAUUUGCCACCUUCUGAUCUGCUACAUAUUUAUAGURUCAGGACUGAUCAUUAACUUCAUUCAACUCUUUACACUUAUACUUUGGCCAUUCAACAAGCAACUGUUCAGGAGGAUCAACUGCAGGCUGGCUUACUGCAUUUCAAGCCAGAUGGUGAUGUUGCUGGAAUGGUGGUCAGGCACCGACUGCACCCUUUACACUGACCCAGCRAGUUACCACAAGUACGGGAAGGAGAAUGCCAUCGUAAUCCUUAAUCACAACUUUGAAAUUGACUUUCUCUGUGGUUGGAACUUUUGUGAGAGAUUUGGGGUCUUGGGGAGUUCCAAAGUGCUUGCAAAGAAGGAGCUCUCCUACAUGCCCAUCAUUGGCUGGAUGUGGUAUUUCCUAGAAAUAGUCUUCUGCAAGCGCAAGUGGGAGGAAGAUCGGAAAACAGUCGUGCAGAAGUUGCUGAAUCUCCGAGACUACCCUGAAAACUUUUGGUUCCUGAUUCACUGUGAGGGCACAAGGUUCACAGAGCAGAAGCACCAGAUUAGCAUGAAGGUGGCCGAAGCCAAAGGUCUGCCCAAGCUCAAGUACCACCUCCUGCCACGAACGAAAGGAUUUGCUGUCACCGUGCAAUGUUUGAGAAAUGUAGUUUCUGCAGUCUAUGAUUCUACCCUUAAUUUUAGAAACAAUGAAAAUCCAACAUUGCUGGGAGUUCUAAAUGGAAAGAAAUAUCAUGCAGAUUUAUAUGUAAGGCGGAUUCCACUGGAGGACGUCCCAGAAGAUGAGCAGGAAUGUUCUACCUGGCUCCACAAACUGUAUCAAGAAAAGGAUGCAUUCCAGGAGCAGUAUUACCGAACAGGAACCUACCCAGCAGUCCCUAUAAUACCGCCCCGUCGGCCAUGGACACUUUUGAACUGGCUUUUCUGGGCCUUAUUGCUGCUAUAUCCUUUGUUCAAGCUGCUCAUCAACAUGAUCAACAGUGGAUCAUCACUGACACUGGCUAGUUUUGCAUUUGUCAUUAUAAUAGCUUCUGUUGGUGUCAGAUGGAUGAUCGGGGUUACAGAAAUUAACAAAGGCUCCACCUAUGGCAACAAUGACAACAAGCAGAAACGAAAGUAGCAUCUUCAGAGACUGCUUCAAUCCAAAGGGAACAAAUGCAACUGCUGAACACUCUUAAGUGCAUAUCAUGGUCCUUCAAGUGAAAUCAGAGGAUGAGUAAUURCCGUGCAUAUCUGAAUUUGUGCUCCUGUUUUACUCUGGGGGUUUGGGCUGGAUGACAUGCUGGAAAUAUGCACUCCUUCGUAUACUCCCAACAAAAGGUUUGCACGUGUGGUUGGUUUGUUUUCCUAUGAAGUGUCUUAAGUUUUGAAGAAAAAAAAAAUUCCAGCGUGCUUAUAUGAAGAGACUUUACCUGGAAAUUAACCAGAGGUGCAGGCUUUAAUGUCAGAAGAUUGUUACAAGGUGAUUACAAUUGAUAGUUGUGUAGAUCACACAGUUUAACAGUUUAACAACCAUAAUCUGUCAGUGUUUAAAUACAGUACAGUGAGAGGCUGUGCUUGGUUAUAGCAGUAUUGGACUGAAGCAGCUCUGCUGAACUGACAGAACUGCAGUAGAAUUUUGUACAUCUAGAACUUAUUCCCACGUGUGCACUACAUGGGCCCUUCAGCCAGACCCUGGGCAUCCAGACAUCAGAGCCUGGCAGUAGCAUAACCUGUAUCAGAAUUUGGCUAAGUUACCCACUGCCAUCUCUUUCCCCAGGCCAUACAUCCAAGGCAUAGCUGAAACCUGUAAUUCAUCAGAGUAAAUGUCAUUUUUAGUUUGAAAAAAACUGAGAUAGUAAAAUUCCUGUUGGCUUUAAAUACUACKUAAAAUUCCAGGCUAUCCUAACAACUGUGGAACAAAAAUAAUUGGGCAUGGCGUAGUGAAAUAAUGCAAAGUGUGCAUUAAAAUGUCUGCCCCACACCCAUACUGUUGUGAUCCUAAUUAAUCUGUUUGUCUUUUCUGAUAAACUAGUUUACUUGGUGCCUCAUAACAGUCAGCCUGAGGUAAUAGUAAAUUAUUUUCUUCUGGGGAGGAGAGGGAAACUAGGAGAGAGASCUAGGACAGUAGCUAUGGCUCAUUUUUUUAUGUCUGUCUUAGCUUGAUUUGACACCUUUCUGAAUUAAAYAAAACUAGACUCGAUAUAAAUUAAUUAAAUUAAAUAAAUUAGACUUUAUUUUUUUUUAAUUAGACGAUUAAAUGAAACUAGACUUUCCACUCUGGGGAAAGUGGGGUUGCUCUGACAUUUCCAGUACUGAUUUCAGGGCAGCCACCUCCUUUUUUUAAACUYGCAGAGUUAAGGAUCUGCACAUUACUAUAAAGAAUUUGUUUAGAACAGGGGAAAAUAGGGAACAUAAACUAACAAAUUCUGAUUGGAAUUUUUUUCCAAUUUUUUUAAGUUUACAGAUCCUGACCAGAGCAGUGGAGGUUUGAUUGGCACUUUCAAAGACGGCCUGUUUUCACUGGGCAUAGGACUAAACCAUAACAGCCUUCAGUGAAUAAAGUAAGCAGUCUUUGGUCUAGCAGCUGGUACAAAAUAUUCUAUUUCUCUUGAAAYAGAAUAAAACUGAGGCCAGAAGAAACAGGUUAAUACAACAAUAUGGAUCAUUCCAUGAAAUAUGUAUUUGCUGUUCAGUACAUCAAAUAAUUUAGAAACUCACCUUUUUUAUAUGCAGAACCUAAAAAGCAGGUGAAAUAGUGCUUUUAGCRUGGAGCAGUAAGUGAAGUUUAUGGAUAGUGGAGGCAGCAAAAUUUACAACAUGAAGGAAGCAAUAGGCCAUGAGAAUUGAGAGAGACUGGGUAGGGGAACCUUUUUCGUCACACAUCUUGUGUACACAUGCACUCCCCACACACUGAAGCUCUCAUGAAGAGGUUGUAUGAUGCCRUGAACAGAAACCUGGGCUCUGGGUGUAGUUUUUCCAACAGAUGAAACAGCCUGAGAGUAGAAAAUAGUGCAGUAUUUACAAUGCUGUGUCAUAAAGCACAUGCCCUGCACUCUGCUGUAACACUCUGUACACUGAAAACUGAGUAUUACAUCCUGUAAUAAUGAUCAGACACAUUUACAAGCCAGAUCUGAAGACAUGUCYCCAAGAGUGUGAAAAUGGGUGGAAAGGCAGAAAGGAAAGGCCUCUCCAGGUUAGCAUUUUACUGUAAACAUUACCUGGCAGGUYCAGUGGCCUUUUCUCAGGGUGAUGGGUGAGUAGUUCUGAGCAGCAAAUAUGUACUCCUGGAGUGACAAAGGCUGUUCUGCCUUCUUCAAGAGCCACUGAUUGAAUAUGCAGUAAGGAAGACAUUCAGCAAUUCCUCACGACUCACAGUCCUUUCCCCUCUAACUGUGUGCAGUGCCACUUCUCCAGAGGAAAGUACCAAACAAGUAAAUACUUCUGAAAGAGGGCAUAGAUUAUUUCAUCCCCAUUUCCUGGACCAACCCUUAGAACAGGCUGAGGGCCAAACACUCCUGGAUCCAUCCUCCUAAGCACUUCUGYGAGUCCUGGCACAGCACUGAGGCCCUUCCAGCACUCAUUGAAACAGGAAGCUUAAUGGUCCUUGCCAAAGUUAAAUUUGUCCAGUUUACUGUAUUAAAAGAAUGACAUAGGUCAUUAGGAAGCAGUGUUUGCCCCUCAUCCCCACAAGCAACUGUAUGUUCUACAACUGCCUUAACAAAAUUAGUCUUAAUGUUUGUUUAUACAAAAAUAAAAGUAUAAAAAGCU